GUUCGUUUGUGUAAACAUAAUUGACUUCCUGUUUGACGUCACUCGUGUGACGUCACACCUGCUCGAGUGCCACCGUCGCAGACAUGGAGGAAGUGAGAGUGUUUCCACUGUCAUGCCUAGUGCAGAACUAUGCCUGGGGGAAGGUGGGGCUGGAGAGUGAGGUGGCUAAGCUGGUCCUAGGUGGAGAUCCUCAAAGUGUCAUACAGGAUGACAGACCGUACGCUGAGCUUUGGAUGGGUGCCCAUCCUAAGGGAGAUGCUCUUAUCAAAGACAACAGAAUAUCGCAAAGGACACUGGGACAGUGGAUUGCUGACUACCCAGCGUGUUUGGGGUCAAAGGUCAAAGACACAUUCCAGGGACAGCUCCCCUUCCUGUUUAAAGUGCUGUCAGUUAACACUGCGCUGUCCAUCCAAGCUCAUCCUAACAGGGAGCUAGCAGCUAAGCUACACGCCCAAUUCCCUGAGCAUUACCCCGACAACAACCAUAAGCCCGAGAUGGCGAUUGCCCUGACCAAGUUUGAAGGCCUGUGUGGUUUUCGGCCGGUGGAGGAAAUUAUUUCCUUCCUCAAAAAUGUCCCAGAAUUCCAUGCUCUGGUAGGUAAUGAGGCAGCAGAUGAGCUGCAGAGCAGCAGGGAUAACCCUGCACGCGCCUCUCUUGCACUGAAAAAGUGCUUCAGCAGGAUGAUGAACUGUGAGAAGAAGGUAUUUGUCGAUCAGCUGAACAUGCUGGUGAAAAGAGUCUCUGAAGAAGAGGCUGCAGGCAAAGACACAUCAGGCAAUAACGGAGAGCUGCUGCUUCGGCUCCACUCUCAGUACCCGGGUGAUAUCGGCUGCUUCUCCAUCUACUUCCUGAACCGUAUCGUGCUGCAACCAGGAGAGGCCAUGUUUCUGGGAGCAAGUGAACCUCACGCCUAUCUGUCUGGAGAUUGCGUUGAGUGCAUGGCCUGUUCGGAUAACACAGUACGUGCUGGACUGACCCCGAAGUACAUCGACGUGAACACAUUGUGUGAAAUGUUAAACUACAAUUCCGCUCCAGCCAGUGCCAAAAUUUUUCCCUCAGUUCAGGACCCUUCAGACCCCUGUGUUCACCUGUACGACCCACCUAUACCGGACUUCACCGUCAUGAGGAUACAGGUCCCUCCCUCUUUGAAGCAGUACACAAUGUGCUCUUUGGACUGUGCUUCUAUCCUGCUAGUGAUCGAGGGCGAGGCCAGCUCUCUGUCUGACAUCAUGCUGCACAGGGGUUCAGUGCUGUUCAUCUCAGCCAAUGAGAGCAUCAUGCUUCAGGUGACCUCUUCUGGGAUGACGAUGUUCCGGGCCUGCUGUCUUCUCUAGAAGAAAAAAAAAGUGUUCAUGAAUUAAUAGAACACACAUGAUCAAGUUCAGUAUGUAUGAUUUUAACCUUCUACUUUUGUUUAAUGUUGCAUAUACAUCAGCAACUACAGUUGUGCUCAUAAGUUUACAUACCCUGGCAGAAUCUAUGAUUCUUUGACCAUUUUUCAGAGAAUAUGAAUGA